UGUCAACACUCCCGGACUGAACAUAACAAUGAAAACAUGCUUUCUGAUAUUUUUGAAUAGAAACCAUUAGUUAGUCUAAACUGAGUGACUGUGUUGUGGUUAAUAAGUGAGCUGUGAGGGAUCAUCGCCUUGAGUUUCGAUUGAAUCAGUUUCGUUUCUCGUGUUUACUUUCACUUUAGUUUCGGGAUCAUGUGUUGUGUUAUAAGAUCAGACUCGUUGAGUUUCAUCAGACCGUCAGUGAAGCAGCACAGAGAUGUACGAACUGGAGAAAGAAAAUUUAAAGCGCUUCCGCGAAUAUUUCGCGAAGACUUUACGACCAUCAGUGAUCAAAGUCUUCAUGAAUGAAUACCUGGAUAAAGUGACGGUGGAUGGGAUUCUGUCUAGAGAGGAGACGUCUGUCACUGAGGCUGUGAAGCUGUUAUUCGACCGGAUGUGUGAUCUAGAUACGCCAGGCUGGUUUCAGGCCUUCAUUGACAUUCUUCGGGCCUCAGAGUACACUGGUCUGUGUGAAGCUUUGAUGGACUGGGACUUCAGUAAGUUUGAAAGUCUGCAGGAACACAGAAGGCUUCUGGAGAAGAUCGAACCGUCCAUCACCAAACACAUGAAGCCCAUCGAGCUGCUCACACACAUGAGUGACACACUCAAAACAAAAGAGUGUGAGGAGAUCAGAGCGGUGGAGACAAGGCGUGGUCCAAUAGCCGGCAGUGAGAUGAUGGUGCAGUGUCUCAUACGUUCAGAUCAAUACAACUGGUUUAAAGUGCUGAAGAUGGCUCUGGAACAGUGUGAAUUAACUCAAGCUUUACAACUACUGGAACCAAAUGGAGAUGGGAAGGUUGUGAAUGCACAGGAUGAGGACAUGGACACCUCGACCUCAGAAACCAUAAAAACUGUGUUUCAGUAUCAAGAGGACGGUGAAAGUGACGAUACUCUGCUGAAGAGCGCCAACAACACCUGUGUUCCGGAGACAUCAGGGAUCAGAGGAGGUGAGAGGAAACUCAGAGAGUAUCAGAAAGAGCUGAGUGCUGCGGCCGUUAACGGACAAAACACCAUCAUCUGUGCUCCGACAGGAUGUGGAAAAACUGUUGUGGCUUUGGCAAUCUGUGAGAAUCACCUGAAACAGUUCACUGGCAGGGCAAAGGUCGUCUUCUUGGCAACAAAAGUUGACGUCUAUGAACAGCAGCACAAACUUUUUAAGGAGCACUUCUCCUGCAAGGACCCCAGCAUAAGGGUGACCGGGAUGUGUGGUGAUAUGGAGGGUGUGUCUGUGCUCUGGCUCAUUGAGAAUUAUGACAUUGUGGUGAUGACGGCUCAGAUUCUAGUCAACGCUCUUAACAGUGGAGAGGUGGCGUCUCUCGAGCUGUUAUCACUUAUUCUGCUAGACGAGUGUCAUAACACCACCGGAAAACACCCGUACAACAACAUCAUGACCCGAUACCUGGACUCCAAACUCACCAGCAAAACACACUCUCUACCACAGGUCGUGGGAUUGACAGCAUCAGUGGGCAUCGGAAAUUUCAAGAGUCCGCUGGAGGCUGAGAGCAAUAUCUUACAGCUGUGUGCCAACCUGGACACCAGGGUCAUCACCACGGUUACCAAACACCUGGAUGAGCUCAGAUCUUAUGUUCACACACCUGAGAAACAGUUUUUUGAUGUUCCUCAGCGCACAUAUGAUCCCUUCAUCAAAAUCAUCAAACAAAUCAUGAGUAAAAUUGAGCAGCUGGCACAGAACACCUACAGCAUCGGUAGCCUGUCAAACCUCCAGAACCGUGAUUACGGCUCUCAGGUAUAUGAGCAGUGGAUCGUCUCUGUUCAGAAGAGCUGCAAGGUUCUACAGAUGAAGGAUCCAGAAGAGGAGAGCAGAAUCUGCAGAGCGCUCUACAACUACACUGAACAUCUGCGGAAAUAUAAUGAUGCUCUGAUCAUCACCGAGGACGCCCGGACUAUAGAUGCUCUUGACUAUCUGGAUUGGUUUUUUGAACAGGUCCGAAACGCCGGCUAUGACGAAACCGAGAGGAAACUCACCGAGUUCUUUGACAGUCAGAGGUCACAGUUGCUGGAUUUGGCCACAAACGGACAGCAGAACCCCAAACUAGAGGAGCUGAAGUUCAUUCUGGAGGAGGAAUAUCACAGCAACCCUCAGACCCGAACAGUCCUGUUCGUCAGGACACGAGCCCUCGCUGAUGCCAUGAAGAAAUGGAUUGAUGACACAGAUUCACUGAGUUUCCUGAAUCCUGGAGUUCUGAUUGGAAAAGGACGCAAAUCAAACAGUAACAGCUCAGGAAUGACUCUAAACAAUAUGAAGGGUGUUCUGGAGUCUUUUAAGAGCUCUGAUAACAAUAAGAUUCUCAUCGCCACAUCCGUCGCUGAUGAGGGCAUCGAUAUCCCACAAUGCAACCUGGUCCUCAUGUAUGAGUAUGUGGGUAAUGUGGUGAAGAUGGUCCAAGUUAGAGGUCGUGGUCGGGCACAGGACAGUCGAUGUUACCUCAUCUCCAGCUGUAAGGAGCGCAUUGAGAAGGAGAGAAUGAACAUGUCUAAGGAGGAGAUGGUGGAGGAAGCCGUUACGCGUCUGCAGAGCAGCCCGACUCAAAUCAGCAGCAAGGUAGACAUGCUACAGAGAGAAGAUAAAGUCCGGAGGGAUCACAUCAGAUCCAGUCCUGACAGACCCAAAGCGCAGGCCAGCUAUGAGUUACUCUGCGGCAAGUGUAAGACGUUUGCAUGUCUGAGUGACGACCUCAGGGUCGUACAGGCGAGUCAUCACAUUGUUCUUGAUCAUUCCAUCUUCAAACGCUGCACAACACAACCUCAUAAAAAGCCCAAGACCUUCGAUGGUAUCUGUAAGAAGGAGAAGCUGCUGUGUGCCACCUGCAAAUAUGACUGGGGAAUCAUCGUCUCUUACCUCAACAUACAGGAUCUGCCGGUGCUGAAGAUCGAGAGUUUCACCCUGCAGGACCGUAACACUCAGAAACAGAUCUACUUCAGGAGAUGGCGCGAUGUGACGUUUGCCAUAAAAACGUUUGACAUCACAGAGAUCACGCCAGAAUCAUGGCCAUUAAGAGAAUGAGCGACAAACACACAACUGAACACUGCCAGGAUAAAGACAACACAACUGACAGUAGAUUAGAAUCAUUUCAUAAUAAUAAUGUUCUGAUUUAGUUACAUUUCAAUAAACAAUAACUGCAAAAUAUAUAUUAAAAGUAUACAUGUACAAUUCUUAUAGUUGUCAAAUACUUGUGUACAUGUACACAUAUUUAAAAGUUUUCUUAGAGUACAGAAUUUGGGCAGCUCAUGUGUUUUGCAUAUGAAUUUGUCAUCACAGUACUUUUUUAUUAGAAGCGUGAACUGAAACUUCAAAUAAAAUAAAAAAGCCAGAGAUGAA